UGAAUGUGCUGCAGGUUUACUUUUAGAUUCCAGGAAGUGCAAACUGCCAGGACCCUCAACGAGCCACGGACCUCGCCCAUCCAGGCCGGGGGCGGGGCGGGGGUCUGCGUCUGUGUGCGUGCGCGUGUGCGUGCGUGCGUGGAGAGCGCUGUUUCCUGGCAGCAGGACCCUCCCCCGCGGGAAAGGCGCGAGGAUCUCUCCGGUCAAGGCGCUCGUCCUUUGUCUCCCUUCGUGUUCACCAGAACCCACACUGCAUCCCAGAAGAUCCAGAAUAUAAGAGAAGUCGGUAAGAUCUGUGGAGGGCAGCAGCGACCACUUCCUGGUACACAGGCUUGUAAGAACUCUACUUCCAUUCCUGUGGAAUUGUUGGCUGCUUCAUUGCCAUCUGUAGAUCUAACGUUGGAGCGUCUCAGCAAAAGUCAUGGCCUCAGGCACUAAAACCAAGAGAAUGAAAGAGAUGGCAGCCUGCUCCAUCUGUCUGAACCUGAUGACAGAGCCAGUGAGCAUCAGCUGUGGCCACAGCUACUGCCAGAUAUGCAUGAAGAUGUACCUUUCCCAGAUACACAGAACUCAGGGGCAGAUGACAUCUUUCUGUCCUCUGUGUCGGGCCCCAUUUCAUAUAGCCAGCUUGCGGUCCAACAAGCAGCUAGGAAAUCUCAUAGAUCUCAUCAAGGAGAUGGAGGACUCGGAGAGUGGGCUGGUGUGUGAGGAACAUGGAGAACAGUUCCAGCUCUUCUGUGAGGAUGAUGGCCAGCUCAUCUGCUGGCGCUGUGAGCGGGCACCGCAGCACCAGGGGCACAGCACAGCACUGGUAGAGGAUGUGUGCCAGGGCUACAAGGAAAAGCUCCAGCAUGCUUUGACAAAACUGAGUCAAUUUGAAGCAGAAUACAUGAAUCAGAAAACAUUCAUGGAAAUAGAAAUAACUAAAUGGAAGGUUGCGAUAGAAACUCGGAGACAAAACAUCAAGUCUGAUUUUAAGAAUCUCCACGAGUUUCUACAUGCAGAGGAGAAAUCAUACCUCUGGAGGCUGGAAAAAGAAGAAGAGCAGAGGCUGAGGAGACUGCGGGAGAGUGAGGCCAAUGUGCAGCAGAAGUGUGAUGAGCUCAAGAGCCAGAUCCUGGAACUGAAGGAAAAGUGUCAGAGCUCCGGCCAGAAAGUACUACAGAAUGUGAAAGAAACCUUGAGCAGGGCAUACGCUGUGCAGCUGGAGGCUCCCGAGCCCUUUUCCAUGCAGGUUCAGACUGCGUGUGAUGUUGCUGAGCUUUACUUGGAUGUGAAGGAGAUGUUAAGAUGCCAUCAAGUUGGAGUGACUCUGGAUCCAGAUACAGCUCAUCCCAACCUACUUCUGUCCAAGGAUCGGCGACAGGUGUCUCGUGGAUGGAACCAACAGAAUCUUGCAGUUUCUCCUAGGAGAUUUACGACUUUCCCCUGUGUCCUGGGCUGUGAGGGCUUCACCUCAGGAAAACACUACUUCGAAGUGGAUGUUGGAGAAGGAACAGCUUGGGAUGUGGGAGUCUGUAUGGAAAUUGUGGAGCGGGGCCAUGGAAUGCAGCAGAAGCCUGAGUUUGGCUUCUGGGCCAUCAGGCUGUGCACAGAGAAAGGCUAUAUGGCCCUGACCUCUCCCCCAACUAUCCUUGAGCUACCUGAGCGACCCCUGGUGGUUGGUGUUGCUCUCGACUAUGAGGCUGGAGUUGUGUCCUUUUACAGCAUGACCUCUGGCUCCCACAUCUUCACCUUCCCCAUGGCUUCCUUCUCUGGUAUGCUGCGGCCUUUUUUCCAGGUUUAUCAAUAUUCACCUUUGUUCCUGCCUUCCUGCAGUGAGUAAACAAGGAAAACAUUCUUGUUUUAAACUAACAGAAAAUGUAUAGAGCCCAUAAUGGCAGAACUUUGAUCAGUUUUCUUCAUUACUAUUAGUUCAGUACCUUGAACAGGGCUGGACCAUUAGAAGAUAUUUAAGAAAUCUUUACUGAAGUAAUGGUGAUAAAGACUAUGAGAACACUGUAGAUGGCCAGCCUGAUUGAGUGGAAAACAACAUAAUGUGAUGAUACAUACGUCUCUCUGUGUCUCUAGUUCUCUGAUUUCUGGUCAUCCUUGCUUAGUGAUUUGGGUAACUUUGAGGCAGUGAGACUCGUAUGUUUUCACCUUCAUUUUUAUAUGUUUGGACUAGUGUGUGGAAAUGAAAGAAAGCCAUUCCAGGAAGAGAUAGGAAAAAUCAAACCAGCAGUGGCUUCCCUACACAGACAUACUGAUUAAUAAUGUCCACUACAAUCCAGGCCUGACCUAUAAUUCUGCCAGACUUAGAAAAUCACCGAAGAAUGUUAGAAGAGAAAAACUUGUUUACUGACAGAUGCUUUAGUGGAAAGUAGAAUGUGACUAAAUGAUUGAUUUUCAUGGGGGACUUAAUUCUGAAAAGCACAAAGAAGUUGGCAUUUUCUCAAUUGUGCUACAGCUACAUAUUUUGAAAUAUAUUUACAUUCCAGUAAGUAGUAUUUGGUAGAACAAUUGUCAGUAGUCUUUGUUAUGUCAGAGUAGCACUUAUCCCAGUAGUAGGUUUGUCAUGAAAACUGAAGUUAAUCAGCUUUAUAUGGUUGCCUAUGAGUGGACUAAUGACAGGAUAGUAGGAAAGUCGGCAAAAGGACAAAUGACAGUAUUGAUGACUAAAGUCCAAAGCUGCUAAACAUUUGUAGUUGAUAUAAAAUUGAGGUUUGCUGAUAUUGCUGACAUCCUCUGACAGCAUCUCAGUCAGAAGACAGAAAUAAAGGCAGAGCUGUUCUGUAGACGUCAGAGGCCUGCUCUGGCCUCCAUGUCUGUCCAAAGAGACCUAAAAGAGGUCACAUCCUGGUGUGAGAAGUACUCCUGAUGAGGAUGGUGGAGACAGGGCUUUGAAGGGUCCUAGGAGAAGGGUCCCAUAACCUGUUUUGCUACUUCAGCAGUGGAUUAUUUUGAAAACAAUUGAUGAAAAGAGAACUAAUAAAAGUCCUCUCUUCUCUACUCCCCUCCAUUCCACUCCUCUUCCCUUUUCCUCUUCUUCCUCUCUUUCUCCCUCUCCCCUUGCCCCACUCCCUCUUUUCCUCUUCUUCACCUCCCCAUCCUCUUCCACCCCAUCCUCUCCCCCAAAUAUGGGAAAUUUGUAAAGAUUUCUUACCUUUUGAAAAGUACAGAUGUGAAUCACCAGAGACUCCAGCUUGGCUUAAGGAUCAGGAAACUGAAUUACAAACUUUAAAAAACAAAAACGAACAGCUAUUAGUCUUUACCAUUAGCCUUCCUAUAUAUUUGCCUUCCAACAAUUUAUCACCGUAGAAACACAGAGUCGUGUUUUGGUCUCAUUACUUCUCCAGUAAUGUAUUUUCUUUUGGUACAAUGCUCUGUAGCCCAACUUCUAACACUCCUUUGCAUUACUUACCUCUGCAUAUGUCUGGUACACAUGGUAAUAAAUUUCUGUUUGCUGUUUGCUUGUUA